AGUUCUUUAAACGCUGGGUUGCCGAGUUGAGGUCCGUCCCGUCCGGUUGUUCCUCGGAGUGAAGUCGCGCGCGAGAGAUUUUCCUGCAUCUUCCGAAAAGAGUUUAUGGACCCAUAACGUUUUGGAGGAGGCCACGGGAAGAGAGGAAGAGAAGAGAAGUCAGUGCUGGGGCAUUAGAGGAGAGCUAGUUUUUCUUAAUGGAAUGAAAUAAGACGGCGCGCGGCGAGUGGACCCCGUUGAGUUGCGAGUUUUUGGUUUGAUCUACCUUGGCGCGAGCUUUGGCCCCAAAUGUGAGUGAGUGAGAGGGAUAGAAAACGAAGACGCAGAAGGAAGGCCAGAAGAAAAGGGAAACAAACAAACCUGUGAAGACCUGUGACGACGACGACGACGUCGACAUGGAAGAGCAAAGCAGCAAAAGAGUGUGGAUGUAAUACAAAGUGAAAUACAAAAAUAUUUUUAUAAUAAAAUAAAGUCAAACGCGCGGUGAAGAGCCGGGAAGAGAUAGAGAGAAAGAGGAAAAGUGCAGCGCGAAGAAACGACGUGAAGAGAGGGGAAAAGAGGAGCGAAGGAAAAACCGGAGUCUGCGCUGAAGGAAGAAGCCAACGCGAGUGAGUGAGUGAGUGCGCGGCGAGGAGCCGAAAAAAAGAAGUACGAGGAAGAAUUUUUUAAAAGGAAAUUUUUGUAGCUGCAAAUAGGAAUUUUAAUCACAAAUUUUUUUCGCGGAUACGUUUUGAUUUUGGCGUAGAUGAUUAAAACAAAGUGAGAUUAAAAUUGCUGCCGGUAUUCGGGCUCUUCCGAAGGAUUUGAGAAAGCUGCUGCACGAGGAGAAGAAAGUUUGUGAGGUUCGGAGAUCAUCGGCGCAAAAACAAGAAGCGGCGGUGCCAAGUUGAUUUUCGGUGGUGAUUUUGCUUAGAAGAAAAAAAAAAGUGAAGAAUGGUUGGUGAAUGGUGCGACGGUAAGAAAGCCGUGAGCCGUGUAUAGGAAGAAGAUAAUAAGGAAGUGAAGAUUUCAAUCGACGGCAAGCUGAUGAUGCUGAGCUAGAGCUGAAGGCUGAAUUGUGCAGAGCGUUUCGAUCGGUGAAGUGGAUUGUCUAUUGUUCUACUUUGGUUUAUGGAACGCAGCAAGGCGGCGAGAAACAGUCGAAAGGCGGAAGAAACAGCCGGCAGGAUUAAGGGAUUAAGCUGGCUUUUACAGCUGUGAAUUAAGAUACCCCACCCGUGCCAUUCCCAGCCAGCACAACGACGUCCCACACGAACCCCUCGAAAUGGAAUCCCCCAGGGCGCAGCGCCAGCUGUUGCAAAUCGCACCCCGCUCCGCACGCCGGUGAUGUUCACCGAAGCAGCACCUUACCUGCUGCCCCUAGUCAAUCGUCAUCAUUCCAACAACCAUCACCUUCACCACCAUCACCAUCAAUCCAACCACGCUCCAGCAGAAGGAUGGCAGCGUGCUUCCGAUUUCGCCACAGGAAAAUGUCUCUGCUGUGGCUACUGCUGAUGAUAUGUGCCUUCGCCGGGGAUAGCGGAGGAGGAAGCGACGGAGGAGGCUUGGGGUUCUUGAGGCUAGCGAGGGCGGAGCAUGUCCGGGAACUGGAGGUUUCUGAGGGGGUCCCGAUCGGGCACCAGAUCGGGUUCAUCGGGGAGUUCUUGCAUGGGGUGGACAGUGGUCCGCCGUAUCUGAUCGUACCGGUACCGGGAAGUGCCGUGGAUACCGAUCUAGCGAUAGAUCACACAACUGGAGAGAUCCGGACGAAAGUCCUGCUGGACAGGGAGAAGCGGGCAUCUUACUCGCUGGUGGCGAUUCCGUUGAGCGGAGAGAAUGUCCGCGUUGUGAUACGAGUGCUGGAUGAGAACGAUAAUGCUCCGACCUUUCCAACGGCACUGAUGAACAUUGAGUUCCCGGAGAAUACUCCACGGGAUGUGAAACGAACUUUGAAUCCGGCCAGGGAUCUGGACUUGGGCAGGUAUAAUACGCAGAGGUACAAUAUCGUGUCGGGGAAUGUGAAUAACGCCUUCCGGUUAUCGUCGCACCGGGAGCGGGACGGAGUUCUGUAUCUGGAUCUGCAGAUCAACGGAUUUCUGGACCGGGAAACCACGCCAGCUUAUAGUCUCGUUGUAGAGGCACUGGACGGUGGCAAUCCUCCCCUGAGGGGGCAGAUGACGGUCAACAUUACUAUCCAAGAUGUGAAUGACAACCAGCCGAUAUUCAAUCAGAGUCGCUACUUCGCUACGGUACCGGAGAAUGCCACGAUCGGAACCACAGUCCUGCAGGUCUACGCGACGGAUCAGGAUGCUGGGGAAAACGGAAUGGUGGAAUAUGCCAUCAACAGGAGACAAAGCGACAAGGAUCAAAUGUUUCGGAUAGACCCUAACACGGGGUUGAUUUCUGUGAAUAAGCCGUUGGACUUCGAGACCAAGGAACUCCACGAGUUGGUUGUGGUGGCGAAGGAUCGUGGCUUGCAACCGCUGGAAACUACGGCUUUCGUGUCAAUACGAGUGACUGACGUGAACGAUAACCAGCCGAUAAUAAAUGUGAUAUUUUUGAGUGAUGACGCGACUCCGAAGAUUUCAGAAUCGGCUCAACCCGGUGAGUUUGUCGCGAGGAUUUCAGUGAACGAUCCCGAUUCUAAAACCGAAUACUCGAAUGUGAACGUGACGCUUUCCGGUGGUGAAGGUCAUUUCGGGUUGACCACGAGAGAUAACAUCAUCUACCUAGUGAUCGUGUCGCUUCCGUUGGACCGCGAAAUCAAGCCGAAUUAUACCUUGAGUGUUGUGGCUACUGAUACCGGAAAUCCACCAUUGCAUGCGGCGAAGACCAUCUUCCUCACCGUAACGGACAUCAACGACAAUGCGCCGGAGUUCGAGAAGGAGAUCUACCACGCGAAUGUGAUGGAAGUGGCCGAUCCGGGAACCUCGGUCAUCCAGGUGACGGCCAUCGACAAAGACGAGGGCAACAACUCCGCGAUCGCCUAUUCCCUGCUGGACACGCCCGAUACCCAUUCGCAGUGGUUCCAGAUCGAUUCCAACUCCGGCCUGAUAACGACCCGGGCGCACAUCGACUGCGAAACCGAUCCGGUGCCGCAGCUGAUCGUGGUGGCGAAAGAUAAUGGCUUCCCGCCGAUGUCCUCCACCGGGACCGUCCUGGUCACCAUCCACGACGUCAACGAUAACGAGCCGAUCUUCGAUCAGAGCUUCUACAAUGUCUCCGUCGCCGAGAACGAACCCAAGGGACGCUGCAUUCUGAAGGUAUCCGCCACCGAUCCGGACUGCGGCGUCAAUGCGAUGGUAAAUUACACCCUCGGCGAGGGCUACAAGAAGAUCACCGAGUUCGAGAUCCGCUCGAGCACCGGCGAGGUCUGCAUCGCCGCCGAGCUGGACUACGAGACGCGCAAUUCGUACGAGUUUCCCAUCAUCGCCACCGAUCGAGGUGGCCUCAGCACGACGGCAAUGGUCAAAAUUCAGCUAACCGAUGUCAACGACAACCGACCGACGUUCUACCCUCGCGAGUACAACGUUUCCCUGCGUGAAUCCAUGCCGACGAAUUCACUCCUAUCCACCCCGGUAGUGGUGAUCGUGGCAACCGAUUCGGACUCGGGUAGCUUCGGAACCAUCAGCUAUCGGAUCGUGGCUGGCAACGAAGCUGGCAUCUUCCGGAUGGAUCGGUUGACCGGAGAGAUCUUCGUUGCCCGUCCCAACAUGCUGUCGAGCAGGAGUCAACCGUACCACCGGCUAAACAUCUCGGCCAGCGAUGGCGGAGGUUUGCGAUCGACACACGAUGCAGAGGUGUUCAUCAGUGUGAUCGACGCCACGCAAAGGCCACCGAUCUUCGACAAGCCACGGUACACGUACUACGUCAAGGAGGAUGUCAAGAAGAAUACGGUUGUUGGAACGGUAUCAGCCACUAGCAGUAACUCAGGAAGCCGAGGUUCCAUCCGGUACUUCAUCUACUCAGGAGAUCCAGACGGGUACUUCGCAAUCGAUCCCGUUUCUGGAAACAUCCGCGUUGCAAGCACUCUGGAUCACGAAACGAAACCUCAAGUUCUACUGAAUAUCCAAGCUACCAGUGGUGAUCCUCCAGCCUACGGUCACACCCAGGUCAACAUCGAUAUCGAAGACGUCAACGAUAAUCCACCGGAGUUCGAAUCCAGCACGGUUCGGAUAUCGGUCCCGGAGAACGUCGAAAUCGGAUCUCCUCUAUAUGCAGCCAACGCACACGACAAAGACUCCGGAAUGAGUGGUGUGAUCACCUACCGUCUAAGCAACAACGGACCUGCAACGGGUAAUCUCUUCAGCAUAGACAGCCGUAGUGGUCAUCUGAGCUUGGCACGCCCCCUCGAUUACGAAACCGUUCAACGGCACACGCUGAUUGUGACGGCUUCGGAUUCUGGGAUACCGUCCUUGUCGACCAACCUCACUAUCUUGGUCGAAGUUCAGGACGUCAAUGACAACGCACCGGUUUUCGAACGUAGCGAGUACUCGAUCAAGGUAUCGGAAUCAACGCCCAGUAAUUCACAGAUCAUGCAAGUAACGGCAGUCGACGCUGACACCGGCAACAACGCUCGACUCACCUAUCGAAUUCUCGGGGAUGAUCAACGAACGCGUACGGGAAAAUCCUCCUCAAAAUCCACCGAAGCCAACACUCCGGAGAUUUUCGGCAUCUUUCCCAACAGUGGCUGGAUCUACCUGCGCACGAAGCUCGAUCGCGAGGACCAAGAGCGCUACAACAUUACGGUGAUCGUCAGUGAUAACGGAGUUCCCACGUUGACCGCCACCACUCACGUGAUCGUCAGCAUACUCGACGCGAACGACAACAACCCGAUCUUUGCCAAGCAACUGUACGAGUUCCAGAUAGAGGAAAACAUGCGACGAGGAUCGGUCAUUGGGUUGAUAACGGCUACGGACGCGGAUGCAGGCAUCAAUGCCGUGGUUCGGUACAGCUUGAUUCCGAGCAACACCAGCUUCCAGAUCAACCCAAUUUCCGGUGAAAUCACAACGCGAGACAGGCUCGAUCGGGAGACGAAAUCCAUCUACGACCUCGUGGUGGAAGCACGCGAUCAGGGAACCCCCUACCGCAGCUCGCGCGUUUCCAUCAAAAUCAAGAUCCUCGACGUCAACGACAACUCGCCGGAGAUCGUCGAUCCGCAGGAGGAUGUGGUGAGCGUCCGCGAAGAGCAACCGAUCGGCACCGAAGUGGUCCGCGUUCGGGCGAUCGAUCGUGACUACGGCGUCAAUGCGUCGAUCACCUAUUCGAUUCUGAAGGGUCGUGACUCGGACGGGCAUGGUAUGUUCACGAUCGACCCCAUCACCGGGCUUAUCCGCACCAAGGCAUCGCUCGAUCACGAGGAGAAAACGAUUUACCGAUUGGCAGUGGCUGCCACCGAUAACGGAAAACCUCCGAGGCAAACCGUUCGCCUGCUCCGGAUAGAAGUGCUGGAUUUGAACGACAAUCGACCGACGUUCACUAGCUCCAGCCUGGUCUUUAGACUUCGCGAGGAUGUUGGCGUUGGGCACGUCAUUGGCUCGAUCAGUGGCAACGAACAGUCCGAUCUGGAGAAUCUCAUCACCAGUUCAAACGAUCUUCACAUCACUUACACGCUAACGCCCCUAACGAACGAUAUUGCCGAGGGAGCUUUCGACAUCGAUCGCAACUCCGGCAAGCUGGUUGUCGCGCGAUCACUCGAUCGAGAACAACAGAGCGAGUAUCGGAUGGAGAUCCGUGCGUUGGACACCAGUGCCAGCAACAAUCCGCAGAGUUCGGCCGUAACGGUGAAAAUCGAAAUUGCCGAUGUAAACGACAAUCCACCGAAGUGGCCCAGCGAUCCCAUGAACGUCUACAUUUCGGAAGAUGCCGCCGUUGGUUCAGUGGUGUUCAACUUCACGGCCACCGAUAACGACUCCGGAACGAACGCUGAGAUCAAGUACAAUAUUUCCAAACCGGCCACGGCGCAAAAGGAGUUUUUCUCGAUCGAUUCACUGACCGGUUCGUUGACACUGUUGGCUCCACUGGAUUACGAAGAAACCAAAGAAUUCCUGCUGAUCGUUCAGGCGACAGAUCAAUCAUCAAACGUUACCGAAAGGAUGACAACGUCGGCCACCGCUCGAAUCAUGGUUACCGAUGUCAACGACAAUUCGCCGAAAUUUGUUGUUCCGCAGGCUCAAGAUACAACCGUUUACGUAAGCGACUCCAUGGAAAUGAAUCAUAUUGUGUCGCACGUGGUAGCCAUCGAUCGCGAUAGCGGUGAGAACGGUCGUGUUGUCUACAAAAUUGUCAGCGGAAAUGAAGACGAGCGAUUUUCGAUUGAUCCUGAUACCGGAUUCGUCAAACUGGCGAAACCUUUCAGCAGUAAUUUCAUCGCUGACAACUCCAAGAAUUCGAUUACCGGUCGGUACAAUUUGGUGAUCACUGCAACUGAUCAAGGUACUCCUCGUUCCAAAGAAGCCAAGAUCACUAUUCAAGUGGUGAUCCAGAACACCAGCAACAAUCCGCCGAGAUUCUUGGAGUCCGUCUACCACAUCAACAUCACGGAGAACGUCCCAACCGGAAGCUUCGUCGUUCGAGUUUCGGCCAAAUCAUACAACGACAACGGUAACGCGAAUCUUACCUACGAGAUUCCGAAAGGAGUGGGGGAUGAUCACUUUGUAGUCGAUUCGGUACGAGGGAUAGUGACCACUCGAGGAACAUUCGAUCGCGAGUCCAAGGACAUGUACACUGUGCCGAUCUACGUGACGGAGCAGAACCGCUUCAAAAGUGCUGCUUCCGGAACAAGUAAGGACAUGAGCCAGUUUGACGUCGCUACGUUGGUGGUGAGGAUCACCGAUGUGAACGAUCAUGCUCCGGAGUUUCUUCCUGGAUCGUGCUAUCCAUUGGCCGUGCCGGAGAACAGUGAACUGUCAGUGAUUCACACGGUUGUGGCAAGCGACGCAGAUGAAGGACUCAACGGAGAGAUCACGUACAGCAUUUCCGGAGGCAACAUCGGCAACAAGUUCAGCAUCGAUAUGAACACGGGCGCUUUGACGGCCCGUCCGCUAGAUCGAGAGAUCCACGCACGGUACGUCCUGCAGAUCACGGCACAGGAUCGAGGAUCGCCAACGUCGCAUCAGGGCCAUUGCAACAUUACCGUACGCGUUGAAGACGAGAACGACAACGAUCCGAAGUUUGAACUGCAGAAGUAUAUUGCCACGAUUGACGAAGACGCUCUGAUCGGUACGACCGUCCUGACGGUGAAAGCCGUGGAUGCGGAUAUCGGGAUCAAUGCGAGGAUCGUCUACUCGUUGGCCAAUGUUACCGAAUGGCUGUUCGAUAUCGAUAGCAAAAGUGGCGUCAUAACGACUGCUGGACAUUUCGAUCGUGAGCGGCAAAGCAUCUACAACUUCAUGGUGGUCGCAACGGACGGCGGGCGAUACAACGCCCGUUCCCAGAGUGUCCAGGUUCAAGUGAUCAUCGCUGAUGUCAACGAUAACAAACCAGUUUUCGACAAGUACCCUUUCAAAGAACAAAUCGGUGCGUUGGUUCAACCGGGACAAACUCUGUUGCACAUAUCUGCCACCGACGUCGAUCAAGGAAGCAACGGAGAGAUUGUAUACAGCUUGAACGACAAUCCGAACAAUGCCAAGUUCCGGAUCAACCCGAAUACGGGAGCUCUCAGUGCUACGCAGUCCCUGGCCAGUGAAAACGGAAGACUGUUGCACAUAGAGGUCACAGCUAGGGACAAGGGAAACCCUCCGCAGGUUGCUACUGGGUUGAUCGAGCUUCGUGUGGGAGAUCUUCAGCAGGAACUUCCGGCACUCAAGUUCCAGAACAACUCCUACAAAGUGAACUUGGUUGAAAACACACCGAUCGGUCAAACAGUGCUUCACCUAAAUGCAGUUCGCAGCGACGGUCGUCGACAGAAGAUCAUCUACAGCUUCGGAUCGGGCAAUGAGGACGGUACGUUUUCGAUCGACGCCGUUACCGGAGAAGUGAAGAUCCGUAACUCGCACAACCUGGAUUACGAACGCUUCAGUCGUCUGAAUACGGAAGGAAUUGAUCUUGUGGCUGUAGCCAGAACGGACGGCAGUCCUCUACUGUACGGAUACUGCUCGAUCAAGGUGGUGUUGCAAGACGAAAACGACAAUGCUCCUCGGUUUACGCAACAGCAGUACUCGGCAUCGGUUUGGGAAGGCAACAACAAGGGUGAAUUCGUGAUCAAAGUGAACGCUUUCGAUACCGAUCAGGGAUCGAACGCUCACAUUCUGUACCACAUCGUGGACGGCAAUCAUGACAAUGCGUUCAUCAUCGAACCCGCCUUUAGCGGAAUCGUCAAAACGAACAUCGUGCUCGAUCGGGAAAUUCGCGACAAGUACAAACUGAAGGUGAUCGCUACCGACGAGGGAGUUCCGCAGAUGACCGGCACUGCAACGAUCAACGUCAAUGUGGUGGAUGUGAACGACAAUCAACCGACUUUCCCACCCAACAGUGUGAUCAGUGUCAGCGAAGCUACAACCGUUGGAACUGUAUUAACGUCGAUAACGGCCAACGACGUGGACACCAACCCGCCCCUGACGUACAGCUUCGGAGACAGUCCGGAUGAGGACGCGAAGUCGUACUUCUCCAUCGAUCGCUACAGCGGAAAGGUGAUCCUGAUCAAGCCCUUGGACUACGAAGCCCGUCACGAGUUUCAGUUGAGGAUUUUGGCAUCGGACUCUGCACAUGUAGCUAGGACCUUGCUCACGGUACGGGUGACGGACGUCAACGACAAUCCGCCUCAGUUUCAGCAGAUCACCUACCACGCUAUGUUGAACGACGACACAGACAGCAACAGCAAUAUCGCGAUCAUCGCAGUCAACGCCACGGACAGUGACAGCGAGAACAACGCCGCCAUCCGGUACACGAUCAAUCCGCCGUCGAUCGGUUUCGCGAUCGACGCCCUCACCGGGCAGCUGUUCGUCAACAUGAGUCAAGUGCAUCGAACCCGUUCCGGAACGCUGUACCUCACGGUCACCGCAACGGAUUCUGGAGUACCACCGCUAAGCUCAUCGACCACGGUUAGGUUAGAAAUGAAGUCUAAGAGUAAGGCCAAUCCACACUUUAUCCAGAGCCAGUACCGGCUAUCGAUCAACGAGGACGCCCCGACGGGAAGCGUAAUCACAAACCUUAUCCCCAAGGCUAUCGCCGAGCAGGUCGAUGUUAGUUCGAGCAUUGCGUUUGAAAUCAUCGACGGAAACGACGAUAAUUGCUUUGAGAUUUCCUACCCGUCAGGCGCAAUCCUUUUAGUGAAGUCCCUCGACAGAGAAACGACCGAUUACUACGAACUACGUCUGGUUGUCACCGAACCGGGGGCGACCAUGAUGUACAAAGGUAUGAACAUGUCUUCGGCUAUCCGGGUAACGAUCACCGUAGAAGACGCCAAUGACAAUGCACCCGAGUUCCAGCCGGGUCCGUACGAAGUGGCGAUCAGCGAGACGGCUCCGAUCAAGUACUCGAUCGGUCAAAUAUCGGCCGUUGAUGCCGAUCUGCUGAAUUCGCCGAACUCGGAGGUCGUGUACCAGAUUGUAUCCGGUAACGAUGGAGGUUGGUUCUCGAUCGACUUGAUCACAGGAUUGCUCUACAUCAACAACAAUCUGGAUUACGAUCGCGGACCUACGCAGUUCAAUUUGGUGAUUCGGGCGUGCGACAGCCAUGUGCUGCCCAAAUGUAGCGUUCAUCCUUUCGUGAUAAAUUUGACUGACGAAAACGAUAACGAACCGCAGUUCCCAGUUCCGGAGUAUCUGGAAUUUGUCGGGGAGAACGAACCGAUUGGGAUCAGCAUAUUUACGGCUCGAGCAACCGAUAUGGAUCGGGGAGAGUACGGCCGGGUAAACUACUCGAUUGACAACGCGAUGACCAGUGGUUACUCCAGCGUUGACGACGGUUGGAAACUGUUCAAGGUGGAUUCGGUUUCCGGUGUGAUCAACUCGAAUGCGGUGUUCGAUUACGAGGAGAAGAAUCGAUACUCGUUUACGCUGAGAGCUACGGAUACCGGUGGAAAGUCGAAAACCGUGAAGGUUCGCAUUAUGAUCGAAAGCAGGGAUGAGUUCAGUCCACAGUUCACUGAAAGGACGUACCGGUUUAUCCUGAAGACGCCCGAUACGGGACAUCUGCCUGUUGGGUACGUCGUUGGACACGUGACGGCUACGGAUCGUGAUCGAGGACCUGAUGGAAGAAUAGUGUAUCAGUUGACCACUCAGCAUCCGUACUUCAAGAUGAAUCGGACAACGGGAGCCAUCUUGGUCAAGAAGAAGUUGGAUGACGUGGCGGCUUCUUUGGAAGCUGGCAGAGAUAUUAGUCUGGUCGUGACAGCCAGUUCCGGACGUCAAGGAUCGCUCACGAACAUGACCGUUGUGGAGAUUUCGAUCGACACUCUUGGUCAUGUGAAAGGAGGUGGUGAUGGCGGUGGAGACUACGGAAGCUCGGAAUCCGUAUCCGCGAGUAAUGGUUUGGCUAAUUGGGCAUUGGGCCUGUUGAUAUCUAUUUUGCUGGUGGUCAUUUGUGCAGCGUCUGUGUUCUUGUUCUUGCAUAUGAGAAACCGACAGCAAAAGCAUGUGAACAAAUCUGGUUUGAGUACGGAAUCCGUGGGGCAUUCGAACAACUACGUAGAUCCAAGCGCUUUCGAUACCAUUCCGAUCAGAGGCAGCUCAAGUAAUACCAACACCGCUGGGCAGUUUGCUCCCCCGAAGUACGACGAGAUUCCUCCGUACGGAGCCAGCUCCAAUUCGGGAAAUGCUACGACUUCUGAACUUUCCGGAUCAGAACAGUCGGGAUCGAGUGGUCGAGGAUCCGCAGAGGACGACGGUGAAGACGAAGAAAUCCGAAUGAUCAACGAAGGUGGUCCACUCCAGAGGGAUGCCCUGCAGCUGGAUGGAAGACUUUCGGAUGUUUCCGUACAAAAUACUCAGGAGUACUUGGCAAGACUGGGAAUCGUAGAUAACGCAACUACAGGUAAUGCUUCAAAUUCUUCGCGAAGGUGUUCGGAAAGUAUUGGCCUGGGUAGUUCCAAAGAUGCUAUGCUUCACCAUACUCUGCCGAUAGAUACGUUGCAUAUGUUCGACGACGAACACCGGGAGUCUGACCUGACGAACCUGAUCUAUGCCAAACUGAACGACGUGACGAACAACAGCGAUCGGGCGAGUAGUGUUGAUGAAACAGUGACCAACGCAGGCAGUAUAGGAGCCGCCGUUGAUCACGUCAUGAUGGGCAACUACGGAGAUGUCCCCGUAGUCGGUGGACAACAGGGCAUCUCCAUGAACGGUUCCCUAAGCUCAAUUGUACAUAGCGAAGAAGAACUAACGGGUAGUUAUAACUGGGAUUACCUCCUAGAUUGGGGUCCUCAGUACCAACCUCUGGCGCAUGUCUUCUCGGAGAUUGCACGCCUCAAAGACGACACUCUCUCGGUUCACAGUGGAAACAGUGGGACAUCUAGUGCCAAAAGCAAAAACUCGCUCCAUCAUACCGUCAAGAACGUCCCACCUCCACUGCUAACCAACGUGGCACCACGGUCUAUCAAUGUCCCGGUGUUUUCGGCCCGGGGCACCAGUAGUCACCAUGGUCAACCACCUAAUCAAUAUCUGCUGCCAAGAUCGCCCAUAAGUCACGACUCGGCAGCAGGCUUCAGCACAUCGUCAGCCAUGUCACCUAGUUUCUCCCCAUCCCUUUCCCCCUUGGCAACUCGUUCACCGUCGAUUUCGCCCCAUGUGGUCUCGACCGGUGUCCCAACCUCCCAUCACAUGGUAUCGUUACCAAGGCCUCCACAGCAAAGAGGCCAGCGGAAACCUUACUGAAAUCCAAUCGCGUCCCACAACUCUAGGAACGACAUGGCUGUGUAGAUUUUAGGAAUGUAACAAAAGACUGUAAAUAAACGAAUCAGUCCUCUCCAUGGCAAUGCCCACACUUGUACAGUUAUUUCUUAGACCUGUACAGUUCCACGAUUAGCAAAUUUUUAAUGAAAAGAAACAAAUUUAGCGUCUAAGUUUUAAUCGAUUCACAACAAAGUGCCUUUUGACGUAUUAUACAAACUAGUUUGUAAAUAAAGAGAGUUUUAGCGAAAGAGUUUUAAAAUUGAACUGUAAAAAAGCAUUUGGUUCCAACGGAACCGGAUAGAUUUUAAACGAAAAAUGAGAAAUGAAUUUACGUACCAUCGAAUUUUAACCUGCUUCUCCCAGUUACUCGUAUAUUAGACUGUACAUAUCGUUUAAUGUUAAUAAUAGCAUACCUUAAUUACAAUUCCCACUUCGAAAGAAUGUAAAACUGUAUCAAACGUGCCCGAGGGCAACCCGGUGUGUAACAUAACCCGCGACAGGAUGUCAGCAUUUUGCGAGGAAAAGACUGUUAAGCAAAUAGAGCUUUUCGCUAAAAUAUUAAAAUGAGAAGUUAUCCUUGUAAAGUAACAAAUGAUAAACUAGAGCAUUUUAUCGGCAAAUGUCACAAUCAGAAUCACCUGAAACGAGAAUCACUUUAGAACUAAUCGUACUCAUUUUCGCAAUUCUUUUUC